AAGUACAUGUAAAGGGAUCGGGAGUCUCUGUUUGCUUGUGUUGGUCUAGGGAGAGAGAGAAGGGGAGAAACAGAGAAGGGUUUUCUUCGUCUCGUUUCUUACUCUUCCUCUACUUCCCUCCGUAUGUAUAUUCUUCUUGGAAUUUGAAUUGGGUUUCAAUCAAUCCACACCGAUACGCUUCUGUUUCUCCACGGCAUUAGUCAAAAUUAAGCAUUCAAGUACUAAUGACAUCAAGAACAAUGAGGAGAAGACUCCUUCAUGGGGAUGUUGAUGGUAAAAAGCGCGAGCAUUUAAUAACUGCGGAUUUGGAUGACUUGAAUGAACCUUUACUGGGAAAUGAUGAGGAAUACAAUCCUAAGCAAAUAGAGAAGCUUGAAGCUAUCAUUUACGACGAAAGAAGAAAAGAACGCCUCCACUGGACAUUACUAUUCUCUCAAUUAAUUUCAGAAUGGGCACAAUGGUUGGCAAAUAUUGUUCUUGGGUCUGGAUCAUUUAUUGCACGGCUCUGGACUUUGCCUUCAACAGCUGGAAGUGGACAGAUAAAGAAGUUUCUUCCACCAAUACUUAGUCCAUUGCAGGCGGCAAGACUCAGAAAUCUGCAGAAAAGAUUGGCGGUCCCUUUUGAUGGUUCCUGUGUUGAGCAUCAAGAUGCACUUAAGCAGUUGUGGAGGUUAGCUUAUCCGAAUAGGGAGCUUCCAGAACUUAAAUCAGAGCUUUGGAAAGAGAUGGGGUGGCAAGGAUCUGAUCCUUCUACAGACUUCAGGGGUGGAGGAUUCAUAUCUCUAGAGAAUCUUAUUUUCUUUGCCCAGAGAUAUCCGGAGGCUUUUCAAAACCUUCUGCUCAAAAAUGAAGGAAAUAGAGCUGAUUGGGAGUAUCCUUUUGCAGUAGCUGGCAUCAAUAUCUCUUUCAUGUUGGUGCAGAUGUUGAAUAUUCAAUCAGGAACACCAACAACUUCGUUAGGGGUGCGCUUCUUGCGAUUUCUGAGUCAUGAUGAAUCGGCCUUUGAUGAGCUUUUCUGUGUUGCCUUUAGGCUGAUGGAUGCUCAUUGGCUCACAAAGCGUGCUUCAUAUAUGGAAUUCAAUGGAGGUUACUGUUGAGCCAAUGCCAAUGACCCUUUGGGACAGGUGCCAAAGUUGUUGAUGAGUUUCUAGCAAGUAGUAAACCUAAAAGCGCAUUUGAAUUGUGUAGGAGGUUCUGAAGUCCACAAAAACGCAACUGGAAAGGGAACUUGCACUCGAAGAUGUGACAUGCGUGAAAGAUUUACCAUCAUACAAUCUAUUAAGACGAUGAAAAAGACGGUUUGAGCUAAGAUUUUACGUGAAUGUUAGCCAGUUGUAAAUUGAUUUACAAGUGUUACAUUAUGUAGGAGGCAGAUGCUAAAUUUCACAUCUGAAAAGAGAGGAUAGGAACAAGUAAAAGGUCGCUCUUUUCUUUACCUGUACAUCUUAAAAUGUGAUUGAAUUGAAAGUAGAACUUGUUUCU